GUCGCACACUGCUGCUGCUGCUGCUUGCACUAUUGAUCAAAGAGUAAAAAACACCCUAAGGAUGUCGUUGGCAAAAAGGGUAUAAAAGGAGUCAUGUCUUUCUCAUAUCCUCCCAACUUCAUAUUGGACAACAUAUAUUCUCUCAGAAUUAUACCUUUUGCUUUAAACAUACAAACUUCCUGAAAACCCCCUUUCCUUAUUUGUACUUUUUUGUAUAUUUCUUUACACACAUCUUUAUUUAUCCUUAUUCAUCUUUAUCAUGUCUUUUAAUCCCGAAGAGUACACCGAAAAGCUCGUCGAGGGCAUCAAGCUCGCCAUGGGAAAAGCGACCGAGAACGGCAACACCGAGCUCUACCCAGCGCACAUGCUGAUAGCGUUCUGGGAGCAAGACGACGGCUACCUGAAGCGGAUCUGCGACAAGCUCGGCGCUCAACCAAUCGAAUUCGAGCGCGCCAUCCAACGCGCCAUCGUCAAGCUACCCUCCCAAAGCCCCGCCCCGCCACUUCCCGGAAUGAGCAGAAACAUGCACGAAGUGUUCACCCAGGCCAAAAAGGAGAUGCAGUCAAUGGGUGACUCGCUGAUUGCCGUCGACACCUUCUUGCUCGCCAUGUCCUACGAAAAAAGCGUAGUCGAGAUCCUAAAGAACGCAGGUGUGGAUAACAAGCAGUUCCGCGAGACCAUCAAGAAGGUGCGCGGCUCGCGCAAGGUUGAUACGAAAAACGCCGAAGAAAACUUUGAUGCUUUGAGCAAAUACGGUAUUGAUAUGAUCAAGCAGGCGGAGUCAGGCAAGAUUGAUCCUAUUAUUGGCCGCGACGACGAAAUCCGACAGGUAAUUCGCGUUCUGUGCCGCCGCAACAAGUCCAACCCCAUUUUGGCUGGCCCGCCGGGGACAGGAAAAACCGCUAUUGUCGAAGGUCUAGCGCAGCGCAUUAUCGCCAACGAUGUUCCCAAGUCCCUGCAAACGCACCUUUUCUCUCUCGACAUGGGUGCGCUGGUGGCGGGCGCCAAGUACCGCGGUGAGUUCGAGGAACGGCUCAAGGCAGUGCUCAAGGAAGUGACCGAGUGCGAAGGCGGGGUCAUCCUGUUUAUCGACGAAAUCCACCUCGUCCUGGGCGCAGGCAAGAGCGAGGGCUCGAUGGAUGCAGCUAACCUGCUUAAGCCAAUGCUGGCGCGCGGUGAGCUCCGUGUCAUUGGUGCGACGACCGAUGAUGAGUACCAAAAGUACGUGGAAAAGGAUGCGGCGUUCGAGCGGCGAUUCCAAAAGAUCAAUGUCAGCGAGCCCAGUGUCCAAGAUACCAUUUCGAUCCUGCGCGGGCUCAAGGAGCGGUACGAAAACCACCAUGGUGUCAAAGUACUGGACUCCGCGUUGGUCACGGCGGUGCAGCUGUCGGACCGCUACGUGACUAACCGGCGACUGCCCGAUAAGGCCCUGGACGUCGUCGACGAGGCUAUGGCGUGGACCCGCGUGCAACUCGACUCUCAGCCAGAGGAGAUCGACCAACUGGAGCGCCGCAUCCUCCAGCUAGAGAUCGAGCGCACCGCACUGCAGAAGGAAAAAGACGACGCGUCCAAGAAACGUCUGCAGGUGGUUAGCGACGAGAUCUCGCAUUUGAACGAGGAACUGCAGCCGCUAAAGCUCCGCUACGAGCAGGAAAAGGGGCUCCUAGACCAGAUCCGCGAAGCCAACUUGAAGAUGGAAAGCCUGCGGCACAAGGCAGACGAGGCGACAAGGAGGCAGGAUUUGCAAACCGCUGCGGACCUCGAGUUCUACGCGAUUCCCGAGAAACGCGCUGAGAUCGAAAAGCUCAAGGCCAAGCAGGCUGCGCACGAUGCCAUGGUGGCCAGUGGCGAGCUGAAACAGGAGAUGCUGAGCUCGACUGUUGGGCCAGACCAAAUGGCAGAGGUUAUUGCGCGGUGGACGGGUAUCCCGGUGCAGCGACUGACGCAGUCGCAGGUGGAUCGGCUGAUGACGCUCUCGGAGAGACUGAAGAAGUCCGUUGUUGGCCAGGACAAGGCAAUUGACACAGUGUCUGAUGCGAUUUUGCGCUCGCGCGCGGGAAUGGCGCGCAAGAACCAGCCCACGGGAUCGUUCCUAUUCCUGGGCCCAACGGGAACGGGUAAGACCGAGUUGGCCAAGGCAUUGGCGCGCGAGCUGUUCGACAACGAGCGGUACAUGGUUCGGCUUGACAUGAGCGAGUACAUGGAGCAGCACACUGUUUCGCGGAUGAUCGGAGCGGCGCCCGGGUACAUCGGCUACGAAGAAGGCGGGCAGCUGACAGAGGUCGUGCGCAAGCGGCCGUACUCUGUCAUCCUCUUUGACGAGAUCGAGAAGGCGCACCCGAAUGUGCUCAACAUCAUGCUGCAGGUUCUGGAUGACGGGCGGCUGACCGACGGGCAGGGCCGGCUGGUUGACUUUACGCAGUGCGUGAUUAUCUUGACGUCGAAUAUUGGGCAGGACAAGAUCUUGCGGUACACGGAGACUAACCCGGGAUACCAGACUACGGGUGAGCUGCCGAGCGAAGUGAAGACCUCUGUGAUGGAUGAUCUGAGGCACACUUUGCGGCCGGAGCUGCUGAACCGGCUGGACGAUAUUGUGGUGUUCAACCGGCUUGGCGAACAGAGCCUGCGCAAUAUCGUGCGCCUGCAGCUGGCGCAGAUCGGCAGCCGCCUGGAGGACCGCGACAUUACGCUGGUUAUGGACGACGCGGCAGCAGAGCAUGUGCUCAAAGAGAGCUACGAUCCGAUGUACGGCGCGCGGCCGAUCAAGCGGUUCCUCGAGAAGAACCUGGUCACGUCGCUGUCCAAGGAGCUGAUCCGUGGCACGCUGCAUGACCACAGCAUUGUGAGGAUCACGCAUGUGGACGGCGUCAGCGACGAGUUUUUGUUUGAGGUCGACGCAAAGGACGGCUGGGACGGCGGCGAGGUAAUGAUGACGGACUAGAUUAGUUUAC